GGUGAACAUCCUGUUAUGUGGAAGCAACCAGGGAAUAAGUCUCCAGAGGGUGCUGAAGGCAAGGAUGCCGCGAAACUAACAAAACAAGAGCCAACAAGACGAUCUGCAAGAUUGUCAGCUAAACCAGCUCCACCAAAACCUGAGCCUAAGCCAAGAAAAACCACUAAGAAGGAACCCGGAGCAAAGGCCAGCAAAGGUGCUAAGGGGAAGAAGGAUGAAAAGCAGGAAGCAGCAAAGGAAGGUACUGCACCGUCUGAAAAUGGUGAAAGUAACACUGAAGAGAUCCGCAUCUCUCGCUCCACUGUUAGUGUUUCAGCAUCCAGAGGUGCCCCACCCAGCACACUGUCAGUAAAAGGGCAGAUUGAAACAGUGAAAGUUCAGGGUACAGAGAACUGAAUCAGUAGAUGACAAGUGCGUGUGAACUGACAUGAACAUUUGAGGAUGAUUUUAUGUACCUCUAGACAACUUUUAAAAGAUAUUUUUAUCAAGUAUUUUGUAAAUGCUAAUUUUUUAGGACUUAAAAUAAGUUGACAAACUGUAUAUGAACAUUUCCCUCCUUCCAUACCCACGCUUCUAGAAAUCCCCAAUGUUGCCAAGUUUUUAAAAAGUAUCAGCUUAACAUUGGGGGAGGGGAAAAAGUGUUUGUAAUGUUGGACCAGCAUUCCAUAUUCUCGCUUUUCAGAAAUGUACGUCUUGUGCAUAUGGUGAUGUUCUUACCGUGGGUGUUUGGGUUUUUCUUGCGGUUUUUUCUAGAGCAAUAAUCCGUGGUGUUUUUGUACUUAAGGUUUAUGCGAUUUUAAUGAAACAUGUACAGAUAAUGGCCACCUGCUGACUUUUUUGGGUUCUUUUCAUUUGUUGACAAUAACGACAUCUCCUUGCCAGCAAAUAUAACUCCCCAAUAUUUUCACUAAAUCUGAGAUAUGCUGCCUUAUAGAUAACUUCGCUCUGGCUGGGAGGAUACUAAGCACACUUAUUUAGAAGAUAUGUCCCAUUGAUUUCACAACUUAAUAAUUUGGCAGUACAGCUCAUUUUUUAGAACCAGAGGAUUUAAAAUACAAACUAAUUCCAACUAAGUGGGUUUUGGUGAAAGCCAAAGCGCCGUGUGAUCUCCAUGGAGCACUCAUAAUACAUGCAGAUCUGUGCAAAAGGAUAUUUAAAGAUUCACAUACGCAGACUUGCAUGGCUUUUGCUGUAAGUAGCCAACCAGCCAUACAUUGUAGGCUGCCAGGCCUUUCAGAAGCCGUGUCUGCAUAUGCAAAACCAGAAAGCUUCUUGAGCCCUGGUGGGCUGCCAUACAUGGCUGGCUGGGUCCAAGGUCUGACAUUAUAGCACAAGGUCUAAAAUGCCCAGCCAGACAUGGCCAAACUUGGCCCUCCAGAUGUUUUGGGACUACAACUCCCAUCAUCCCUAGCUAACAGGACCAGUGGCCAGGGAUGAUGGGAAUUGUAGUCCGAAAACAUAUGAAGGGCCAAGUUUGGCCAUGCCUGCGAGGGGUCUUUUUCCAGCAUUUUUGUUUCCUGCUUCAACGUAAAUAGCACUGUAACAGCAGAAGCUGAGCUUUGGAAACUCAAUUUCUUUAUCGCUUACGAGAUGCAGCUUUGAUUUCACAUCUCCUCUUAACUAAACCCCAGUUCCAUGUAAACACUGGAGAUUAUGCCACUGUAAUUUCUCUUAUGUUCCUGCUUUUAAUCUCUUAUUUGGCAAUUCCACCUGCUUGAUUGGAGGAAUGGUGGUCAAUGGAGGUUAAACAACAUCAUGUGGUACCUGGUAGAGAGGAUGAAGCUGGAAUAUAUUAAAAGGUCUGGGGUUGUAAUGGAGGUGUUAAACAAGCUGAAUGAUUUCUAGUGCUCAUGCUAACGCGGCUUUGGUCCAUUAUAAGCAUCUGGUCAUCUCCCCCUCUCUAUUUUUCUCCUAUUUUUUUGCCUGGAACUUGAAUAUUUCUAUUGUUUGCAGAGUGGGAAGGGAAAAUAUUUCUUGUCUUUUCAUAACAUUUAUUUUCAUUGCUGUGCUGGUGGCCAUAAUGUCUAGGAAUAUAUGCAUGUUUCAGUCAAUAAAUGAAGUAAUUAUCACCUAA